AUGCAAUGGUGCAGGAAAACACUUUUUCCUGGGGUUGGAAAUACUGAACAGGAGAAGGUAAUUUUUGCAGACAAUGUCAGUUUCCAACAAUCCAAAGAGUUCCACGAAGCAUGCAGGAAUGAAAUUAAUGCUACUGUAUAUAUGCUGCCUGAGAACCACACGGAUAAAAUCCAGCCCAUUGAUGCAGGGUGUGGACGAAUGAUGAAAGUUAAAAUUUCUUGUGCAAUGGACAGGUGGCUAGAGACAGAGGAAAACCUUGAUAAAUGGCAUGAGAAACUUUCUGCUAAGGAC